AGACAAUCGUGAAAAAAAAUUAKUGGAAAGAAAUUGUCACCACUUUGGUUAAGCGAAAUUCUUGUUAAAAAUACUUCAAAAGACUGAACAGAAGAAGACGACAAAACKUCUCCAGCUCUGCCAUAAAAAAAGGAUGGACAAACCUGUUUAUUUGUCACGCUUCUUUUUACCCAGCACAGUUUUGUAUCUACUUACUAUCAUCGCAUUCUCAGAAGGACUUAACAGAAGCGGUUUGGUACGACACGAAGAACGUUUGUACAAUGACUUAUUUGACGGCUACAACAAGGAAAUACGUCCUGUGCUCAACCCAUCAGAGGCUGUACACGUGACCUUUGGAUUCGCUCUCUCUGAGAUAAUUGAUGUGGAUGAGAAAAACCAAGUGCUUACGACAAACGUCUGGGUGCGACAGACUUGGAAAGAUGUAUCCUUUGCAUGGAACUCGUCUCGUUAUGGCAACRUAGCUUCUAUUAACGUAGAUGCGAAGACAGUCUGGGUGCCGGACAUUGUUCUCUACAACAAUGUCAACAACAACGACCACGGUGAACAAUAUCUCUUCAACACUAAAGUGGUGAUCASCCAUGAUGGGACUUUUGCUUGGUACUCGCCGAACAAGUUCAACACAUUUUGUAAGAUUGAUGUCCGACUUUUYCCCUUUGACACUCAAGAAUGCAGGAUUACGUUCGGAUCSUGGACCUWCACUGGGGAUGAAAUCGAUCUUUACUUUUACAAGAACACGUCAAGGGCCGAUUUAGGAAUAUUCUCGAAGAACGGAGAAUGGGAUCUAACGUCUGCUGAAGGAGUUCGAAACGUUAUUUCAUACGAUUGUUGUUCAUCACCUUUUAUUGACUUGACGUAUAAUAUUAUCAUCAGUAGAAGGCCCCUCUUUUUCUUGAAUAACCUCAUUCUCCCUUGCAUCGUACUGGCACUGCUCACGUCUGUCUCCUUCCUAUUCCCUCCAGAGACUGGGGAGAGAAUCUCAUUGGUCAUUACAGUCUUGUUGGGUAUGACAGUGUUUAUGAUAAUCUUCACGGAAGCGAUUCCCGCCACUUCAGAAGCGACUCCUUUGAUUGGUAAAUAUUUUGCAGCGGUACUCUUUGAAGUUGCACUUUGUCUCCUAGCGACGUGCGUGCCCUUACGGCUUCAACAUUUGCAUCCUGGCACGGAAAUGCCUCGAUGGGCMAAAGUAUUAAUUUUUGAUUAUAUUGGGUAUGUUAUGUGCUUCGGAAGUUCUAGRCCAUUAAAAAAGGGCAGGAAAAAAGAAAGUCAGUCAGGGAAAGUGACCAAGAUUCACAGCUACACUAACGAUGAUAUUAAGCUCAGUGACACCGACAUUAUAGAGAAUGGCUAUGUAAAUGAUCACGAGAAAACGAAGCAACGCUCAGAAGCCUUUGAGAAUAACCCACAAGGAAAGCCCCACGAUUAUUCUGUUGUUAAUGAGUAUAUCAAGACAAAGGAAAGAGAAGACGAACUGUACGCCGAGUGGAAGAACGCCAUUAGUGUCCUUGAUCGAUUUUUCUUUUGGCUUUUUAUCUUAACGUUUGUCGUGUCCAGUGUUGUUAUUCUGUAUGGGUAUUCCAGAAAUUGAAAUAAAACUUUGUAUGUAUGUAAAAGAACUAGAGACGAAGCUCCCUUCCAUCCAAAGAACAAAGCCAAACUUGCAAGAAAGCAACAUUCAAUAGACCCUUGCUGUACGUGGAAAUGCGGCUCAAUUUGCAAUGACAUAGCUAUGAUAGGUUCCAAUUCUCUGUKUGGUAUCUUUUGUCAGCUGAAUAGCAAGUUUUCGAAAAAUGUGUACRUGGGAGAUAGAGCUUGAAGAGCAGUUUUGCCAGAGAAACGAGCCAAGCUAGCAAUUAGAAAAGGACAUCCAAUAGAUUUGCUAUGAAUAGACGUUAUUUGCGAUUUCGUAGAGUAUUUGUACAAGCUGAACGGCCAGUCUUCAUUGAUGACUAAGCGUGUAGGGAGUGCCAUUCCUAUCACUGAAGGCUAUUAAGGAUAGGUGAUUAAUUCAGUUAUCGAGGAAAUGAAUUCAGCAAAUUUGAACGAAACUUUGGCAAAAGUGCACUCUGCGAGCAGGAAAUAAAAUACAAGUGGUUACCAAGAGACCAAUAGAAGAUCCAAGGCAAAGUCACUCAGCAACACUCAGAGGCUCAGCUGUACUACAUUACUCUUAGUGAACGCAGUAGCAUAAGAUAGUUUGCGCAUAUGCUUGUCGCGUUUUUAAAGUGUCGACAAGAGUUUUAAGAGUAAAGAAAGUAGUGAAUACAUUAAUAUUCUGUUGGACAUAAAACUUUCAAAUAAUAAACUUUAUACUCAAAAAAUACAGACUUUUCACAUGGYUGRAUG